CCUCUCUGAUUGUGACUGUAAAUUAGUCUCACUGUGAUUGUCCUGCUCACUAUGUGCUACUGUUUCCUCUGAUAAGAGAUAUCAUUGGAGCAGAAGCUUAUUGCAUUGUAGCGUCACAUCUUCAGAGUAGAAGGAUAUUUGAUUGGAGCAGCAGGUUAUUGCAUUGUAGCGUCACAUCUUCAGACUAGAAGGAUAUUUGAUUGGAGCAGCAGGUUAUUGCAUUGUAGCGUCACAUCUUCAGACUAGAAGGAUAUUUGAUUGGAGCAGCAGGUUAUUGCAUUGUAGCGUCACAUCUUCAGACUAGAAGGAUAUUUUAUUGGAGCAGUAGGUUAUUGCAUUGUAGCGUCAGAUCUGCAGACUAGAAAGAUAUUUGAAUGGAGCAGCAGGUUAUUGUGCAUUGUAGCGUCUCUGUUGAAUGAAGGAAUUUGUGCAGAUGAGAGUCUGUUUAUCAGGCUUCCCCCAUGCUGGAUUGAGGGUUGGAUUUGGCUACAGGAUGUGAUUAGAGGACUAGUCCUUUCCUGUCCCAUGUCCGUAGGAAAUUCAGCCUUUCCUGUCUGUGGGAUUAGAGCUCUGGGGCUCCAGGUUCACCCGGGGGUUAAUGAUACAGACUGUGUUUUUCCAAAGCUAAAGGAACGUUCAGACCCAGAAAACCUUGUUGAGUGUGUGCUGUGCGUCAUGGGAAUGUCGUCGUGCACGAGUUUUACUACCUGCCAUUAGCUGUCUGGAUGAUGGCACUUGAGUUUCCAUGACAACAUGUCGGCUACUGACACCCUCCCACCUCUGGUGAAUCUGUCCCAGAAACCAGCUCGCAUUAUUAAAGCCAGACCCCCCAAUCGUCCUCCUCCUCAUCUUCCUCCCAAACCACCGCAGAAGCUCCCCCCUCCAGCUCCCAAAAAUGACCCACCCUCUGCAAAGAGUGAUGUGCCGGGCCCCACGAGUGAUUUAGCUGGCCCCAAGGGUGACCCCGAAAAUCAUCCUGUGAUUCCAGCCCCCAGAUCUGGUGCAGAACCCCCAGAAAAUGUUGUGGAUAAUCAGCCCUUGUUGGGAGUCUGUGUCAAGAAGAUGGCUUGUCUCUUCCAGAAGGAGCCUGUAGGGGGAGCCAGUGAUGAACUUCACCCAUCGGGGCCCAGCAGGGAGGACAAACUGCUCCCCCAGAAGGAGGAGAAUACAAAAUGUUUGCCGGCUGGGGCGGAGCUGAAUGAAGAAGACGAGUCUUGUCCCCCCCCUCUUCCCCCAAAGAACUUGCAAGACCCUGAUGUCCGGGCUACAAGGAUGGGAUCUUGCCCCCCGCGCCCAGCGUGCCCAGCGAGAUGUCGUUGUGCCUGUCACGUGCACAGACCUGGAAUGGUGUUGGUUUGGCUCCCAGAAUCCUUCAUUUUGAGGAGCCGCAAUCUCAGCGAGGCGUCGGACUCUUCAGACGAUGGGGGUGUGUUUCACAGAACGUUGCCCAUCUCUGAGGGAGCUGAGGACAGAGGAAAGUGGGGUCCCUGGUCCUUGAAAAACAAGAUGGCGAGCGGGGGCACCUACUCCAGAAGGCGGAGGUCACUGAGAUCUAGUGAAUAUUUUUUGGAGGGCCCCAGAGAUGUGGAGGCCAAACCUGGGGUUGUGUUGACUUCCUACAAGUCUACAAAUGACAGUAGUUUUGAUGGGGGCUCAGAUUCUUCCCCCCCAGACUCGGCUUCCAUGCUCAAUGGAGAAGCUACUGAGUCAGAACUGAGAUCCUUCUGCACAAACACAGCUGAACAGUCAGAAACUGGAAACAGUGAAACCAGCCACACUGACUCCGCCCCUCCACUUCCUCAGUCUGAAGCACCUCCCCUGAGGAGCCAUAGAUUUAGGGCAGAGUUAAAUGGUAAGAUUGGGGAGUCAUCCCAGUGUAAUAACCCACCCGACCCCGAGGAUCCCAAUGCCGACCCCUCGGCCCUCAGAGACUCCACAGAGGACGCGAGUGCAGCGGAAUCAAGAGUUAAGGUGCGUAAGCCGGCUCGCAGGAGCAAAGUCCCUCCGCUGGCACUGCUGCACGUUGAAGAAAAAACAGCACUUAUACCCCCAAAAGUGCCCAGCAAACCCCCACGCGGGGCAGCGCCCCCUCCUCCUCCAUUUAUGCGCAAAGGCUCCUUGAAGCGAUACUCGGCCGACAACGCAGAGGAGGUGGAGCAACGAGAGAAGGAGUCAUCCCUCAGCUUGCCCACUAUGUACCGACCAAGAGAGAACUGCCCCUCGACGGGGCAAGAAGACUGUGGCGCCGAUACAGCAGACUGCGCUCGUGAUAUAUAUCGUGGUGGCUCCAUUUUCAUGUCCCCCCCUAUGAGGAGCCCCAAAUCCAUCGACUGGGAGUCCCACCUGCGGGAUGAGCCGCUGUACCAGACGUACCGCCAGGCCGUUAUCAAGAAGGAGCUCAGGAGACAGACGGUUCCACGGAACAGCAGCUUCACCAGCUACGACUCCUCCCACGACAGCCCCCUCUCAUCCGGGGGGUCCCCAAAGCAGGGGCGCAGGUCGGCCGCAUCGCACAACACCCUGUGGCAGGAGCUGCCGGCAGUGAAGGAGAGCGGGGUGCUGGGGGACAUGAGCAACGAGGAGAAGAAGAUGCAGGAGAGUAUGUUUGAGGUGCUGACGUCGGAGGCCUCCUACCUGCGCUCCCUCAAUGUCCUCAUCGAACACUUCAUGGAGUCCCGCGAGCUGGACGACACCCUCAUUGUGCGCGAGAAGAAAAUCCUCUUCUCCAACGUCCUGAAGGUCAAAGAGGUCAGCGAGAGGUUCCUCAUGGACUUGGAGGAUCGAGUAGAAGAAAAUAUCAUCAUAACGGACGUCUGUGACAUCAUCUAUCAGCAUGCGUUGCAUCACUUCCCCGUGUAUAUAGACUAUGUGCGCAACCAGGUCUUCCAGGAGAAGACGUACAGCGAGCUCUUGGAGAAGAACCCCCAGUUUCAUGCCACUCUGUGCAGGUUACAGGAGCUGCCCCAGUGCCAACGCCUCCCCUUUAUGUCCUUCCUGCUCCUUCCCUUCCAGAGAAUCACACGGAUCAAGAUGCUCAUAGAGAAUAUACUGAAGAGAACAGAGGAGGGCUCCAAGAUGGAACAGAAUGCGACCAACGCCCUGGAUUGUGUGUCUAAGAUUAUCCAGGAGUGUAACCGGGAGGUGGGCCGCAUGAAGCAGACCGAGGAAUUGAUCCACAUUGCCCAGAAGAUUGUGUUUGACAAGAUAAAGGCGGUGCCAAUAAUUUCACAGAAUCGAUUCCUGGAGAAGCAGGGAGAGCUGAGUGAGAUGCUACAAAAGGGCAGUCUCUUUGGCAUCAAACCCACAAAAUUCACCCCCGUUUACUUCUUCCUGUUCAAUGACUUCCUGCUGAUAACUCAGAAGAAGAGUUCAGACAAGUAUGUGGUUCUGGAUCAUGCCCAUCGCUCUCUAGUUCAGGCACAAACUUGUCCCACUGUUGAGAACAGCUUCUUCCUGACGUUCCUGGAGAAUCACCAGGGCAAGAUGUGUGAGCGUCUCUUCAAGGCUUCAACACAGUCGGAUUUACAUCGCUGGGUGGCAGCUUUCCCGAAUCUGAAGGAUGAUUCUCUUAUGGGAAGUGACACAAUAUAUGAAGACUGGGACUGCCCCCAAGUCCAGUGUAUAGAACCUUAUACUGCCUCACAGACCGAUGAGCUGUACUUGGAGACUCUGGAUAUUAUUAACGUGCUGAAGAAAACGUCAGAAGGCUGGUAUGAAGGAAUUCGGCUGUCAGAUGGGAAGAAGGGUUGGUUCCCAUCACUGUAUGUCCAGGAGAUCACUAAUGAGCAUGUGCGGAGGAGGAAUCUGCGUGAACGUCAUCGUGUACUUCAGGCAGCCCGUCAGAUCCAGAUCAACCGCUUUGUGGAGCCCAGGAAGAAAACUGGCUCAGCGUGAUUGGUCAGGACAUUCCGUGACCUGCCGUCCAAUCCUCCUCAUUCCAUGGGAGUCUCAGUGGCCAAGCCACGGAGCAGCCAAAGUUCUUGGGAGAGUCGUUGGUCCUGAUCUUAGUUCUGAGAGAUUCAUGGGCCCCAGUUCAGCCUGAGUACUUACUUUAUAGACAGAAUAUGGGCCAGACGACCCCAGAAUCCUGAGACCCGGGGACACAUCCCUGGGACUUGCCUCUGGUUGGACUGGCUCAGGCACUUCAUUGGCUGCUUAUCAGCUCAUGAAACAAUUGUAUAUUUUAUUGUAUCCAGACUCUGUAAAUUUCUUAUAUAAAUGUAUAUAAUCUGAUUUGUUCCACAGAUCCAAAGCACAAACUCAUCCUGUAAAUAUGAUCAGUAUGGGCUCCACCUAUUGUUGUAUAGACCCCGCCCUUCAACUUCUCCUAUUCCUAGAUAAGACCCCCUAUUGGGGACAUUAUUACUCUGGUUACAUUUAAGCGCUCACCCCAAAUCUCAUCCUGCUCCCCUUCCCUGAUGCAUCUGGUCAGCUCCACCGCACCGCCCCGCCCCCCAAUAGAACCUCCGUAUGUAAAUACUUGUCCGUUGUUCCUCAACUGCCAGUUAUUUCUCUGCACAGAUUAAAGGGCAAGUCUUAUUUAUCCUAUUGUGUAUGAAAUGGUGCAGUGCCGUGUCUGUUCCACUUUUAAUGAUAAUAAAUCUGUUUUCUCUU